UUCCUGAAACUCAACAGGGUUCUCCUUUUUGUUUCAUUUGGGUACAGGCAGAUUGACGGUCUUCGCCAUGAAGUAGCCAGAGGUCACAGGCAGAUUGAGAGUCUCUACCAUGAAGUAGUUAGAGGUCACAGGGAGAUUGAGAUUCUCCGAAAUGAAGUGGGACGAUUGACGCAUCCAUGUUCUAAUUGCCAUGCUGAUCAACACGCCAGACUGGAGCUAAACCAGGAGCAAGCCACUACCGAUGGAUCAAAUACAAACAUUCGAUUGCUUUUUCAGAAUGGUGACAAUGUAGUAACAUCUGGUGCACUUUCGGGAGCGAAAGUUGAGAUCUUGGUUCUCCGUUGCGAGUUCUCCAACAAAUGCCGGGGUAACUGGACUGAAGAUGAUUUUGACAAGCACAUAAUGCAAGGUCGGGACGGGCAGGAUCUUGUGCUGGGGUCUGAAUGGUUAACCAAUGGAGAGGUAGAACUUAGCCAGAUCCGUUUCAAGGAAGGGUCAUGCAGGAAAAAGGUCAUCAUAGCAGCAAGAGUUUGCAAGAGUGAAAAGACUUCUGAUCGGGUUCAGGAAGCCAUCAUGAAGCCUGUGCUAGUCCUGGACCGUAGAAACAAACCAAAUGAGAAGAGGCAUCCUCCAAGGUUAGAUGAUGAAUUAUAUCGCUUAGAAGAGAUUUCCAGGGAUGGAGUUUACCACAGGAGGCUUCACGAUGCGAAAAUCUACAAAGUGGAGGGCUUUUUGAAAGCUUUGAAUGAGGAUUCUAACAAGCUUCGUAGAAUCCUCAAGAUGGAAAAGCAACAAAUUUCAUGGUCAAGACUGACUAAACAUGCUAGGGAGUGUGUUCUUGAAGAUAGGCAGGAGCUGAAACGGUAUCAGAGUGAAGAGGGGAAUGUGGUGCUCUUUUUUAAUUGUGUGCACAAUCUUAUUGGAGCAGCAUUCUCGCAUGAGUACAUUGCAUGCCAAAGAUUUGACACAGCUCAGAAGGCUUUAGCAAACAAGUGGAAACAACACGCAUAUGACAAACUGGAGGGCAUCUCUCCUGAUUUUAUAUUGAAAGGCAAUAUUCCUGAGCCAAUUUCAUCAAGCACGGAUGUUGCUGCUGCCCCUUCUAUUCUAUUGGCGGGUGCAUCACCACCAAUAUUUUCUGCUAACCAGUUUUCUUCAUAUCAAGGAACUGGAGCAGCCCAAAAUUUACCUUACGGCAAGCAUGUAAUGGGACCAAUUUACCCAACUACAAACUGUAAUCCCACCAUUCCUGAGGAUCUAAACACACACUUAUACCAAGGAAGUGGAGCAGCUGAAAAUUUGCCCCAGGAAGAGCAUCUAAGGGGGUCAAUUUAUCCAAUUACAAACUGUGGUCCCAUUGUCACUGAUCGUGAUGAUCUGAACACACAUUAUUGCCAAGAUCUGCAUGGCCAGCAGCAGACAUUUUCGCUUUGGCCACAAAAUCCCCAAGGCCUGAUGGACUUUUCUUACCCAACAGAGUUGACGAGCAUGAACUUCAACCUGCAUCAGGACUCCUCAGGUGCAUCAACCUCUGCUCAACCCAACUUUGGACCACAUCAUCAUUCUCAAUCCCAUCAAACGGUGUCGGUUACUGAGCAAGAUGAGGGACCUGGCUGCCCUGAGUUACCAGGAUCAGGUCAUGCUAACAACUUCCAGUGAAGCACACAAGCCCUGGAUGCUGGAGAAUCCAGUUCCUGCCUUCCUGGUUGUACAUACUACAUAGCUUAUAUGUCCUCUAGUUGGUAACUGUAGGGUGUGAAUCGUGUGAUGUUGUACCAGUCUGUUUGUGUACCAUGUGCAUAGACAUUUCUUGUACUAGCAUGAUGUACAGAUGUUGCUGUUGUAUUGUUAAUUUUUUGUAUGUUUGCAAAUGUACAGGUGAUGGUUUUGAUAGUUGGAAAAAGAUUCUUUGUGUCGUAAUGAUUCUCA